AUGUCAUCAUAUUACUUGGCCAUAAUAGGCACACGAGAUAAUCCGAUCUAUGAACUAGAAUUUGCCUCGUUUAAAAACACAACCAUCCUUUCGUCACCAAGCACACCAAAUACACCACCACCAAUACCAGGCAAGGCCAGGUUUGCCCCAAACGUCAAGGAGUUGUUACCAUUCAUAGCCAACUCAUCCUUGGAUUUAAUAGAAGACGCCCAAUUCACAUCAAAUCAAUUGAAUUUGGGCAAGAUCGACACGUUCUAUGGCAUUUCCAUCAAUGCAUUCAUCACUCCCGGUAACAUCAAGUUUGUCCUUUGUUAUGACGGGAAUGUCAAGGAGGAAAAUUCCAUAAGGCUGUUCUUUAACGAGAUUAAUGAGCUAUAUGUCAAGACCUUGUUGAAUCCGUUCUAUGCCGUCAAUGAUGCCAUAAUAUCUCCCGAGUUUGACUUGAAAGUGAAGCAACUAGCACGGAAAUACUUGUAA